CAUAGCAGCUAAUAGAUGACAUGUUCUUAGCAGGUUCUAGAAUUUUAGUUUCAUCCCAAAGGACGAUAUAAUUUCCAAGCACUGCCCUUUAAUUUCAACAAGUAAAGUGCCAGCCCACUGAAUCUCUUCCCAUUGGAAUGUCUGAAAGGGCCCUGAGGUCUUAAGAAGCGUUUAUAAAUAGGCCUCAGGUGACCAUUGUGUAAACACAAUGGACAAAAAACUCAACCUUAUCAACGAAAAGGUAGACAAGCUGUUGCAUUUCCAAGAAGACUUGACCGAAAAAAUCUGGAAAGUUAACGAAGGCAUUGAUGAUUUGGAAAAAGGCCUCCAUCAGCUAAGCGCAUCACACUCUCCUGUGGACCCAAUCUGUGGAAUUCAUCGCAGCAAAGAUGGUGUCCAGCAGGUAGAAACUCAGAAUACGUACACCGAGAUUUUGAACCUGGUGAAAGCAACGCGUCAUGGUGCUUCCAAGUACCAGGAAAAAAUGGAGAAGGUGGAGACAGCUGUGGAUGCUAUUGACAAGAUGGUGAAGUGUUUGGAAGAAAUGUUCAGAAACUCAAAGAUGGUGGACUUCAUUUUGAAAGGGUGUGUUCCUUGGUGGAAAGGAAGCUUGCUUGAAAUCCUGGAAGAGACUAAAGAUAAGCCAGAAGACAAGGGUUCAAAAGGAAAGCAUGCAACUCCCAAGCAAGGAACACAGACAGAAAGCAAGGAUUCUUUGGAAGAAAACCAAAAAGGGACCAGGUUGGGUGAGCAGCACAGACCACGUGAAAAGGUAAACAUGGCCAGUGUGGUCCUUUCCAAGGAGACCUCCAGACCAUGUGCUGCAGAGAAGAUGGCCCAGCUUGAACCAACAGAGCCUUUGGGAUGGGCGAAUGGCUCCAAGGAUUCUCCAAGACAAAAAGAAACGGGGAACAGGAACGUUGUCCAGAAGGAUGGCCCUUUCUGCCCAAGCGGUGACAAUCUGACGGAGACCCAAAAUAGGGAUAAAGAAAAAUCUCCCCAGAAACAGGUGACUCCAAAAUGGAAGCGAGGAGAAAAAAGUGGACUUGACAUUCCUGCUGGGGAAGCUGUGUCUUCUACCUCAAAGCCUGACUGUGAAGUUAUAAGGACAAGGCCUUCAGUCAAUGCACGGAUGAACGAUGCUCCAGACGAGGAUUUGAGAAGCAAAGAAGGAAGUGUUGGAGGUAGACAUGAUGGAGGGUUGACUCCGCUUUCCUUGCGGCCAAUAGUUGAAGGAAGUAAGCAUUUUCAGGAACCUUCUAAAACCAAGGUGCCCUCAAAGGACAGCAGGACUGAGCCCACACAAGAACUGACAGGAGCCCAUUCUCCCAACAAGAGGAGCGAGCAGAUACCUAAACUGUCAGGUCCUACUUCACCAGCACCACUUGCAAAGGCUGAAGACAAUGGAGAAAGUCAACGCAAGACUCUCCCUUCUCCCAGUUCCACUCCAAAAGACUUUGCUGAAGAUCUAGGAGCCUCAGGAACAAGUCCCAAGGAGAUGGCACAGGCAAUCAAAGACGUCAAAAAAGACACCAUGGAACCAAGGAGAGUUUCUUUAGUGAGAAGAGAAAGCAGAUCCCGACAGGGAGCAGAGAAAGUUUCAGAGAUUACUCCAUUCGUAGGAGCCACCAAAGGGGAAGAGACGGUCAUUGAUGACAGCCCUCCUCCGCCAGCUCCUUUUGAGCAUCGCAUUGUGAGCAUCAAACAAACUGAGUUAACCGCUUUAUACACUGUAAACCACCAUGAAGUGUUGGGAGGGGGGCGUUUUGGUCAAGUCCACAAGUGCACGGAAAAGUCCACAGGACUCUGUCUGGCUGCCAAGAUCAUCAAAGUGAAAUUAGCAAAAGAAUGGGAAGAAGUGAAGAAUGAGAUAAACAUAAUGAACCAGUUAAAUCACGUGAACCUAAUUCAACUCUAUGAUGCUUUUGAGAGCAAGCACAACCUCACCUUAAUCAUGGAAUAUGUCGAUGGUGGUGAGUUAUUUGACCGGAUCAUAGAUGAAAACUACAAUCUUACCGAGUUGGAUGCUAUCUUGUUUACCAAACAAAUCUGUGAAGGAAUCUACUACCUUCACCAACAGUACAUCCUUCAUCUUGAUCUGAAGCCCGAGAAUAUACUGUGUGUGAAUCACAGUGGAAACCAGAUUAAAAUCAUUGAUUUUGGACUCGCAAGGAGGUACAAGCCUCGGGAGAAGCUGAAAGUCAAUUUUGGCACGCCCGAAUUUUUGGCUCCCGAAGUUGUCAACUAUGAUUUUGUGUCAUUCCCAACGGACAUGUGGAGCGUAGGCAUCAUAGCAUACAUGCUGGUCAGUGGCUUGUCUCCUUUCCUUGGAGAAACUGAUGCAGAGACCAUGAAUUACAUAAUCAACUGCAACUGGGAUUUUGAUGCAGAAGCAUUUGAACAAGUGUCCGAAGAGGCCAAAGACUUUGUAUCCAGACUUCUAAUAAAGGAAAAGAGUGGCAGAAUAAGCGCAGCCAAUUGCUUGAAACACGAGUGGUUGACCAACUUGUCUGCCAAGGCGAAGCAGUCCAAAGUUCGCUUGAAGUCUCAGAUGCUUCUCCAGAGAUACAUGGCCCAGAAGAAAUGGAAGAAGCACUUCCACGCGGUCACAGCCGCCAACAGGUUGAGAAGAUUCCCUAACGUGUCUGAGUCUGCAGCUGCUGAAGAGAGCUGAGACUUGGGUGAUUUUAGGGAUCAGCCCAUUGGGGACGGGACAACUUGCCACCGCCAACUCGCUGCGGCCAAUUUAACCAUUCUAUUUCAUUAUUUAAAAUAAAUAACAUUUAUUUCAGUUCUUGCCAUUCCCAUUUCAUUCCGUCCCUCCUUUGGCAUCCUUUCUUUAAUGAUUCUAUUCCACCGUUUCUUUGAUAUUAGUGAAACUCUUUUUCCCGCAGCGAGUUGUCCCCAUGGCAAGUUGUCAUAGACCCCGGUCCAUUUCCACCAGUUUCAUGUUUUCUUUCCUCCUCUUCCUCAACUGUACAUCCAGCAGUCUGCUUAGGUGGCUGCCUUCAAGCAUAAGACACCUUGGGACUUCCCUACAUCAAGGGCAGGGGUAGGCCACCUUGGCUCUUUUAUGACUUGUGGACUUCAACUCCCAGAAUUUCUGAGCCAGCAUGAAGUCCACAAGUCAUAAAAGGUUGCCUACCCCUGACCAAGGAGAAGCCUGACUGGGUUGUCCUACAACUGUCUCUUGCAAGUGGCGGGUAGGAAAACCGCUUGAAUUAUGCCUCUUAGGCUUUCGUUUCCGUAAUUACACAUUAGUGGUUAAGAAUGGCUUUUCCUGCUGGGGACUAGUUGUCUUGUUUUUAAGAACGCUUUUGAGAGUUUUGAGAAAAGUCAAGUCGUGAUUGGGAGGCUGACCUUCAAGCCGAAAAUGUAGUUUCUGCAGGAGUUGAGAUAGUUAUUUUCCAAAUUCAGUAUUUUUGCUUUGAAAGUAGAACUUUGGGUAGCAAUCAAUAGCUUUAAGAACACCUGCCAAGACAUUGUAUUGGGAUUAGCGUCCCUCUUUUGAGGGAGAUGGGUGGUACAGAAAUGUAAAAAAUAAAUAAAAUUAGUUCCCUUUUAUACACUCACUUAGGAUUUCUCUUUUGGUUAACUUUUCUAAACUUAAAAAAAAAAACAUACACAACUUGAUGAUCUGUUAUUUGCCACUGUCUGGGACACCAUCAGGAUAUGUAUCAGCUUGGGGUUUUUGUGGGAAAUGAAGGAUAAAAAUAAAAAUGACUUGACGUGUUGUUGUCCCCAACA